AUGGACAAGCUGCUGCUUUGGGUGUUGGUAUUCACUAGCCUUCUUUCAGAUGCCUUUGCCCACACAGACCUCAGAGGGAAGGUAUUUGUAUUCCCCAGAGAACCUUAAAGUGAUCAUGUGAAGCUGAUUCCACAUCUGGAGAAACCUCUGCCAAGUGUUACACUGUGUUUUCGAACCUAUAGCGACCUUUUCUGCUCUCAAAGUCUUUUCUCCUAUAAUGUCAGGGGCAGAGACAAUGAGCUAGUAAUCUAUAAGGAAAAAGUUGGAUACCAUCUGCACAUUGGACAUUCAGAAGUCAAAGCCCGUGGUGUGGAAGAAUUCCCUCCUCCAGUGCACUUCUGCGCUAGCUGGGAGUCCUCCUCUGGCAUUGCUGAAUUUUGGGUUAAUGGGAAGCCUUCGGUGAAAAAGGGUCUGCAGAGGGGCUACACUGUGAAAGGUGAACCCAGUAUUGUCUUAGGACAAGAGCAGGAUACCUAUGGUGGAGGGUUUGAUAUGUCCCAGUCUUUUGUGGGAGAGUUUGGGGAUUUGUACAUGUGGGACUCAGUACUGACCCCAAGAGACAUUUAUCUUGUGUACCAAGGUUCCACUCUUAAGAUCCUAAUGUUCUGGAUUGGGGGGGCUCUCAACUAUGAAAUAAAUGGCUAUGUAGUCAUCAAGCCCAGAUGUGGGGGAACAAGCAAUGAGCAGUUGUGUAAUGAGGGACCUAGAAAACAUCUCCGACCAAAACAUCUGAGUCUCUUUGCUGUACGAAUUAUCUGCUGCUGUGCUCCUCACACAGAAACGCCUGCAGGCUCAGCCACAGACAGGGCCCAGUCUUGGGUGGUAGAAGGGUUGCCGCUACUGUGUUCAGCCACGCUCACCGCUGUCUGGGACUCAAACAGCAUUUGGUGGGAGAGGGAGGUCCCUGUUGACAUAGCCAUUAUGUUCAUUGACAGACAUUCCAACCAUGGAGCCCCAGCUCAGCCAACCUACAGGGCCUCUAAGAAGACCAGAGAGAACUUUACCAUCAGCCUCCCACCUCACUUCUGGGACAGUAGGAAGUCCACUGUGUACCAUCUGAGCUACAAGCUCCUUCAUGCUAGUUUUGAAUUGAGAACCUCAGGAGACAUUUACUGUAUGGAGGACUCUAAAAUCCCCCAAAUACAGAACAAAAUAAAGAGAAAUCACAUGCUGGAAAAGCACUUAGGAAAGUCAUGGCAGAGUCCCAUCAUCAUGCUCAGCUCUGAACAUGGGACCAGCCGCAUACACAUCUGCACCCCGGCCAACGCUCAUCGGCAUAACAAUCUAAGAGACUGUGGUAGCUAG